UAAAAAAAUUGAAGUGAUUUACUUUGAACUAUAAAUAUCUUUUAAAAUUCUUUUAAAUCAGUACAGUAAAUACUUCAUUAAGAUAAAAUCAUAGUUUAAAAACUUAUAUUUCGUUUGAACAGAAAAUAAGACUCAGAAUGAAAAUUUUAUUGACCCUCAUUGGGACCAUCGUGGUAGUCAAUGCUUUGUCAACUAAACAACAAUGGGAAAACUUUAAGCGUAACCAUAAUAAAUCAUAUGCACAUGUUCUAGAAGAAAACUAUCGCUUGUCUGUUUUUCGUUUAAAUCUAAAGAAAAUUGAAGAACAUAAUGCCAGAUACCAGAAAGGCGAAGUUUCUUAUUAUAUGGGUGUAACCAAAUUUGCAGAUUUAACAGCUGUUGAAUUUAUGUCUAUGCUUAAUAAACAAAUAAGUACAAAGCCAAAUAUUCAAGGUAUACUUGCACAAUUGUCCGAUGAUCCAAUACCUGAUUCCUUUGAUUGGAGAGGAUCAGGUGCAGUUUUGGAAGUUAAGGACCAAGGCAGUUGUGGAUCUUGUUGGUCGUUUAGUGUUACUGGAGCAUUAGAAGGACUUAAUUUCUUAGCAAAUAACGUAACACUUCCUCUAAGUGAACAAGAACUUGUAGACUGUACGGCACUAUACGGUAACGCUGGUUGCAAUGGAGGAAAUAUGCAAUACGGUUUUAAGUAUGUUAAAUCUAAAGGUAUAUCAAGUGAAGCAGCAUAUCCGUACGCAGGAGUAGAUGAGUCUUGUAGACGAAAUGCGAGCAAUAUUGUUUUUAAAAUAAAAGGUUUCCAAACGGUCUCAAAAGAUGAUGAUUCAUUGAGACGUGCUAUUGCGACGGUUGGUCCUAUAUCCAUUGCGAUGCAAGCUACAGAAAAUCUUCAGCUUUAUAAGGGCGGAGUACUGGGCGAUCCUAGUUGUUCUAAUUGGGUGGGAGCUAUAAAUCAUGGUGUAUUAGCUGUUGGCUAUGGACAAGAAAAUGACCAACAUUAUUGGAUUGUCAAAAAUUCCUGGGGAACUUCUUGGGGUGAAGAAGGUUUCUUUAGAAUUCAAAGACAUCCAACCACAUGUUGUAUCACCUGCGACGCUAGUUUUCCUACAGUUUAAUGAAUAUUUCAUUGUAUAUCAAUACAUAUUUUAAGAUUUGUCUAAAAUAAAAACUUUAAAAAAUUGUUUUUAGCA